GGGAGCUUGCGCCUAGCCAGGCCGACUGGCUCGAGCUUGCGAGCUUUCUAGCAGCAGCCAGUCGCCGGCUGCCGGGCCACGACCUCGCAUCAACCCGGCUGCUCGUCCGCUCGGUUCGAUACUGCGCGAGGGAGCUUUCGCACCCACGUUUCCGCAAAUCUCUCGAGUUUACGCCCGAACUUCUGACAGACCACAUCUUCCGCUCCGUCUACUUGUGACACGAGGAGAGACAAGUUCCGCCGAGUUCUGAGAACUGUGCAAAAAGUCUUAACCGUCCGCAAGCUUCCUUACGCAAGGUGUUCAGUUAUCGUGAGCUUCUGCGAUCGUAUUCGUUACAUCAACCCCGAGUUCGUUCGAUUCGUCUACUUGACUUUUGUUAUUAAUUUAUCUGCAGCAAUUAUAUUUCGUAUAUCCGCGGGGUGAAAACUCCCGUGGUACGCGCGGACUUUGUCGGGGAUCAGGUGCGAGCUUUAAGCGCGGAAUUCGGACAUGUAAGAAUUUGUGUCAGGGAUUGUGGUAGCAAGGGUUGAAGGUCGAGGUCAGGGGUGAGAAUUACGUCGCGCGAAACAAGUGACGCCCAUCGGUUGUUUUUCCGAGGAACAGCGGAGUAUGGCGGAUGGGUGACAGACGCGGAUCCACUGCAGGCUGAAGGUGUUUCUCAGCAUCGGUGGGACCAUGUGAGGCUUCGAUCAUGAGGAGUGGCGGCCAGAGUGGUGUAUGGACGGUAAGCGUGAUUAUACUGUCGAUUGGCACCUGGGUGGGCAGAGUCGGGCCACGUCCAGCGGAUGGCGAGCUCGCGCUUCUGACGUCGCCGCGUGAGCGAUUGGAAACCGUUCGACAGGUUCUUUCUGAGGUGCCUUUGAUCGACGGCCACAAUGACCUACCGUGGAACAUCCGCAAUUUCCUCCAUAACCAGUUGGCGGAGUUCGAUUUCGACAAGGAUCUACGUCAAGUCGCGCCCUGGAGCAAAAGCGCGUGGAGUCAAACCGAUUUGGUCAGACUGCGGCAGGGCAUGGUCGGCGGUCAGUUUUGGGCCGCUUACGUGCCAUGCGAAUCUCAGCAUCUUAACGCGGUUCAGCUGACUCUGGAGCAAGUGGACCUCAUUAAGAGGCUCAUAGAAAAAUACUCCCAGCACAUGCAAUUUGCUGCAUCGUCAAGGGAGAUUUUGGAAGCUCACGGGAGGGGCAGAAUAGCUUCCCUGAUUGGAGUGGAGGGUGGGCAUAGUCUAGGAAGUAGUUUAGCCGUUUUAAGAACACUUUACCAGUUGGGUGUACGGUACCUUACACUGACACACACCUGCAACACUCCGUGGGCGAAAAGUUCGUCGGUGGAAGACGACGAUGAAGAUGGCGGAGGUCUGACGACAUUCGGUGAGACGGUAGUUAAAGAAAUGAAUAGGCUCGGAAUGCUGAUAGACCUCAGUCAUACUUCAAGGGCAACUAUGAGGGAUGCUCUAAGAGUCAGUAAAGCGCCACUCAUUUUUUCACACUCUUCUGCGUUCGCUAUUUGUAAUUCUUCCAGAAACGUGCCCGACGAUAUUCUUAAGCAACUGGCUGAUAACGGCGGACUGGUGAUGGUCACGUUUUACAAUUAUUUCGUGAAAUGCGGGCCCCAAGCCAGCGUCUCGGACGUGGCCGAGCACAUAUAUUACAUUAGAAACCUGAUUGGUGUGGACCAUAUCGGAGUCGGCGGAGAUUUCGACGGCAUCAACAAAACUCCUCGUGGUCUCGAAGAUGUUUCGAAGUAUCCCGAACUAUUCGCCGAACUUCUCCGGAGUGGCAAGUGGAACGUGCUUGACCUAAAGAAAGUCGCUGGCUUGAAUUUACUGCGAGUCCUCAAACAGGUAGAGCGUGUGAGGGACGACCUGAGGACAGCUGGAGUUACGCCGCUCGAGGAAUAUCUUCCAGACUCACCGGACACGAUCGGCAACUGUGCUCUGGAUAUUAACUCCGUGCAAAGGGUCACGGAAGUCUGAUCGAUCGACUGUACGCACCGCCCGACGACACGCGAAUUAAUCUUACGCCAACACGACCGUUCCGUGCAGAUGGGCAUGGCCGGAAGACAACCAGUCAUGCCAGGAACGCGGUUCCUCGGCGAAAAUUCGAUUAUCACGUUCACUACGACUUAUUGUACGCCCGCGAAAGUUCUUCGAACCUCGUGCGAAAGCUCAAUUAAACGUCGACAUUUGCGAAGGCUCAAAAUAAACCUACCUCGAUACCUGUUUCACAAAGGCGACGGGCAGCGGAUAUCGAUUAUGCUUUAUUUAAAGGGAGGCACGUUCGCGCGUUAUUAUUAAGAGGCAACCAGAAAUUAUGUGUCGCUCAUAAAUAAUCAUAAAAAAUAUUCUCGUAAGCUGUUAUUUUUUUGUAUUUAGAAGAAACAACGUUAAUAAUAGCGAAGAAAAUCUAUAUAUUUAAAAAUAAUUCUUUUCUAGUACGACACUCAUCUGGCUUCUCCGGUUAUACACAGGUAUAAUGAAUUUAUUUAUUCAAAUUUCAAAUUUAUAUGUUACAACAUUUAAUUGCAGAAUGAUCGGUGUUCGUCGCCAUUUAUUACCCGUAAUACACAAACUGACUUUUCUACUUGAUAAAAUUCUAGCGAUUCGUUAACAAGCUGGUCAUUACUUUAAGAACUGUACUAUCUUGCUGCAAAUAUCUUCACGAGCAUGUAAAUAUCUAAACGAUAAGCGACACGCCAUCCAGUAUUUUCGUGAAGAUAAAGCGUCAUUUCGCCGAUGCACGUGAGACUGUUUCUAAACUUCGAUGUCUUCCUCUCCUGGAAACGAUCGUAAUAUGUGUGUGAAACUGUGAACCCCGGCUGUAUACCUUUGAACGUCUUCCUUCCCCUCAUUGCACCAACGAAAACACGUGCUCUAUAAAGCGAAAGCCUGUAGAAGGAAGAAUCAACGUUCCUACGAGCAACAUAAUCAACAAUAUUCUUACAUUAUUUUCUUCCGUGCAUUUCUAAACAUUUUUUUAUUUUUUUACAGCUAAAGUGCCUGAUCGCAGUUGAUUACAUUACGAUGAUUUAAAGGAUUUAUAUUUAUAUUUUUAUACCAAGAAUUACAUAAUAUUAUCAUUAAGAAGUAUUUUGCUAUAGG